AGAGCUUCUUUGCCCCUGUCCACAACUAAUCGAUAUUUUGUCUGUCGUUCGUCUAGCAGUGUGACCAUGUGAUCAAAAAUAAUUGAAUAGUUUUUAAGUAAUGGCUAGAAAUUGCAGUGCCUUUAUGUUUAGAGGAGUGUACAAAAGAAUGUAUGGUUUCAUGUGAAUAUAAAUAAGUGGCGUUCCGAUUAUUUUUUGUGACUUUUUAAUUCAAGAGAGUGUUUAUUGCGAUUUGACCAAGGAGACCUGAAUAUUUGCCGGACGACGACGAUCAUUGUUAGUGCCUGUGUGCGAUGCCAGAGCAGCUGGAAUUGCAACAGCUUGUAGAGUCAGGUGGCAGGAGACUAGAUGUAAUGGAGGGGGAGAGGGGUGGCAGAGGUAGUACCAAUGUCAUGGCCAGUAGGUGCCAUCCCUGCCCAUAUCUGGGACUGCUCCUGGCCACACUGUCAUCUCUCUUCUUCUCUCUCUGCUCGGUGAUAGUCAAGUGGCUGGUGGAUGUGCAUCCCAUGGAACUGGCUGCUUGUCGUUUUGUGGGUGUCCUUCUGCCAGCUCUGCCCAUUGUUCUUUGGCGGAAGGAACCUCCUUUCCCACAAGGCAGGCGAAUAAUGCUCCUUCUGCGCUCAUUUGUUGGCACCACUGGCCUCAUGCUCAGCUUCUACGCCUUCCGCCACAUGCCUCUGGCUGAUGCUUCGGUUGUGGUGUUCAGUGUUCCAGUAUUUGUGGCAAUAUUUGCUCGGCUUUUCCUGAAGGAGCCGUGCGGUUUGUUCAAUGCGGUCAGCGUCUGCCUCACCCUGAUUGGUGUUGUACUCAUUACACGCCCACCCCUUCUAUUUGGCCACAGCAUUCCAGCACUCGCUUCCUCUCCAGAUCAGGAAGAACAGGAUAGUGAUGUCUGGGGUGCAGUUGCAGCAUUCUCUGCAACACUGUUUGGAGCCAAUGCGUAUGUCCUCCUGCGUGCUCUUAAAGGCUUACACUUCUCUGUCAUUAUGACCAACUUUGGCUCAUUUGCUCUGGUUCAGACAUUGUUUGUAACAUGGGCUCUUGGAGCACUCUGCGUUCCACGUUGUGGAUUUGAUCGGAUCCUUGUUGUGGCACUAGCUCUCUUCAGUUUUGGUGGACAGAUUCUGCUCACACUAGCUCUUCAGCUGGAACAAGCAGGUCCAGUGGCAAUUGCACGGUCUGCUGACAUAGUGUUUGCGUUUAUAUGGCAGGUGCUAUUCUUUCAAGAAGUGCCUAACAGAUACAGUAUUGGUGGAGCAAUCCUUGUCACUAGCUCAGUAGUGCUCACUGGUUUACGCAAGUGGGCUCUUGCCCUACCAGAGUCAUCCCCUCUUAAGAAGACUCUGGGUGUGCUUGCAAGGUGAAGAUAUGCAGAUACAAGUUGAUUUGGUGAUUCUCAAGGGAACAUUGUUAAUGUGUUCUGAAUAAUUCAGACUGUUGUUAUUUUUAUUAGUAGUGGUAGUAUUGUGUACAUUGAGUACUUGCUGCACUCUGUUACCAUCAUUCUCAUCUAACAUAAGUGCAGGGAUGCCAAUCUAUGCUAUGCUAUGACAGAUUUGUGGUUUUCUCAUUGUGUCUGAGUCAUACAACACCAAACCAGAAUGAUUUGACCUGGGAACCUGGAAGACUGACUAUUUUUCUCAGCCUUUUGAAGCAAGUUCUGAUACAAUACCUUUAAAUAUUUCAGAAUUUUUCAGACACAAUUUUUAAGAACUUGCUGUUUUUGAUCAUUGUCAUUGCUUCAGCAGUUGGUUGUUCCAUAACAGGCAGUUAGUUGCCAUCUUCUGUGUUCACUCAUGUGUGAGUGUGGUGGACACUGGUACUGGAACAGGCAUUCCAUAUCAAUUUAUGUGUCAUCUCGGAGAUGUGCAUCGCCUCAUUAGUCACUGUAGUUCCACAGACAUGUAAUCUCACCUCAUAAUAACAAUAUAACCUCAGUAGCUGAUAGUGACAUUACAUAAGCAUGUAACCUGUACUGAAGACUGUUCAGAGUUUGUUAGUAAAACAAAAAUUGAAUAGGGUAUACAUGAUUUAGAUAGUAGUUGUGUUGCUGGAAAAUGCUGCAGAAAACAAAAAACGUGUAAAUUGAGAACUUCUUGUUAAAAUUGAUUACAUUCCUGAGCAGAUGUUUUUGAAUUUGUAAAAUUAUAUAAACCUGGCAUUAAAUAACCUUUAUGCACCAUUACUUCACACAAGCUCUGCUGUGGGCAGUCAAGCUGUCUGACCUCCAGAAUGAGUCAGAGUGAGACAUAGUUUAUGGAAUAAACUGUGCAUAUGUGGGGAUAGGGGUCUGCAGUGGCCGCGCGAUCCGAGGCGUGGGUCUUCUGCCGCUUGGUCGCUGGGACCGUGGGUUCAAAUCCCACUCAAGCCAUUGAUGUUUGUCCGCGUUUUUCUGUGUUGUGCUGUCCUGUGUACAGGUAGAGGCCGAAUGUCUAUAGAUCAAGCCAACGAAAAGUUUGGACCCGCAGUGCUCAGGCACUUGAAGAACUGGUUAUUCCUAGUAUCCCAGUAUGUGGGGAUAACUAACCCCAUGGAGCAAAGACCUUAAUAAGCUAAUAGUUGCUCAGUUAUUCUAUGGAGCCUGAAGUUUCAUUACCAUAUUCACAAGAGUCCAGAUAUAUGUUGGAGUGUAUCACGUAAUUAUAGGGUGUUCCGAAGAAUGAAAAUCACAUAUAUAUGAAACAAAUUAUGGUGCAGACAAUAAAGACAAAGAGUAUUUCAUUCUUCAGUAGAAAGAUAAGAUAGGUCCCACAAAGUGACAGUAUUGUCUCUACAACCAAUGGGCUGAACAGUGUACAUAACUGUCAUAGGUAAUGAAUGCCAAAGAGAUUGAUGUGUUCCUUGCCCACCAUAAACUCAGCUGCAAAACUGAAAGGCCUCUUAGUAUUUGUCCAUGUGAUUGGCAUCCCUGCAAAGUAUGAAAUGUUUAAAAUUUCUGCUGUGGUGUAUUCUAGUCACUGGGUUCCUGUGUUAAGGUUUAGUUAUGACAGUGUGAUGAUGAACAAGUAUAUUUACACAGGUUUCUGCACUUAUGAGAUUGUUUCAGCUUAGUUUCUUAUCAGGACUUUUAUUAUUGUGAAUUCAUAUUUUCUGAAUUUCUUAACUGAAAAUAAAGUAACGAAAAGCUUGUCAAAACUUCGGAGUAUACCUUUGUAUCAUGUUGGUGGGCAAAACUUAGGAGCAGGUGACCACCAUCUUUCCACCCCAUUUGUGUCAUCUAUUUAUAAUCGUUUAUAGAUUUUGUACUUUUUUUAAUUGCAGGCAUUGAAACUAAAUCACCACGACCAUUAUCAUAUAUGUACAAAUGAUGAGCGCAGUCAGUGAUUAAAACCUAUGAUGUGUCUUACAGGCAAGACUCAUGCUCAUGUGACAGCAGUGUGAAGCAGAAGCUAAUGAUGGGUUUGACAACAGGACAGAGUCACCUGCUUAUUAGAGUUUGGUUUACCUCACUACACUUCAGACAUUAUCCAUCCUGAAGUGUCCUUAGUUUACUGCUGUAGCAUUCAUGUUUUUCAGUUGGCAAGUAACAUUCAUGUAUAUUGUGUGGGGGUGAGUAGCCAUUUCUAGCCAUGUACAAUACACAGAGAAAGCCAUUGGUA